AACGUCGUCUUUAAACUCGUGUUUUUAUUCCUGUCUUCUGUCACUGGACGUAAAGGACUUUGCACAGAGGUACUUUGAACUUACAAUUUGUAAACCAACAGUACGCCAAACCUUGAUUAUUGGUGUUACAUGUAACCGUUAUUGAUCAGAAAGUCAAAGGUAAUGCUGAGGUGUUUUGUUAGCAGGAGCCUUUUGACCAAUCCUGUCGCAGGUCAAACAAGAAAUAUGUCUGGGGGCAGUCUUGCUGGGUCUCAAAGCAGUCUUGCAGGGAAGGUCGCCAUAGUGACUGCCUCCACUGAUGGAAUUGGUCUGGCUGCAGCUCAGGCUCUGGGUCAGAGAGGGGCUCACGUCGUGGUGAGCAGCAGACGUCAGUCCAACGUGGACAAGGCCGUGGCACUACUGCAGAGUGAGAAGAUACAAGUGACCGGGACGACUUGCAACGUUGGGAAAAGUGAAGACAGAGAAAGACUGGUUAACAUGACAGUGGAACAUUGUGGAGGUAUAGACAUCCUGGUCUCGAACGCAGCAGUCAACCCUUUCUUUGGAAACAUCAUGGACUCCACAGCAGCAGUCUGGGAUAAGAUCCUGGAUGUGAAUGUUAAGGCAGCCUUUCUUAUGACCCAACUGGUGGUGCCUCACAUGGAGAAGAGGGGGGGCGGGAGUGUUGUGUUUGUGUCCUCUGUCGCCGGCUACCAGCCUAUGCAGGCCCUGGGUCCUUACAGUGUGAGUAAGACGGCCCUAUUAGGCCUAACCAGAGCCUUGGCCCCUGAACUGGCCCAGAGCCACAUCCGUGUCAACUGUGUGGCCCCCGGCGUCAUCAAGACCCGCUUCAGCCAAGCAUUGUGGCAGGACGAAGACGUUGUGGACGAGUUCAAGAAGCAGCUUAGCAUUAAAAGGUUGCCUUCAACUUCAUUCUUAGGGGUUGGGGAGCCAGAGGAGAUCGGUGGAGUGAUCGCUUUCCUGUGCUCUAAGGACGCGUCCUACAUCACUGGAGAGACCAUCACUGUGACUGGAGGGAUGAGCUGCAGGUUGUGAGACUAGUCGGGCUGUAAAGUGUCAAUAGAAUCUGGCCACGCUGACUGACUGUGACGCUCAAAAGGAAACAAUGCUUGUAAUGUAAGAAUGGACUGUAAAGACAGGUAGAUUUAUUCUACAUUGCAGAGAAAUGGAAUCCUCUAAGACGGUAGUGCCAUGAGGACACUAAAGGCAGGAAGUGGACAGUGUUGACACCACUGCUGAGAUUAUUACUGACAUUCUCGGUAUGCUUUUCAGUGGGCUCUAUACAGUGUAUUGGGUUAAUAACAAAUUAACAAAAUGUAUUAUUACUACACUUCAAAGACUGUCACAGCACACUAAAGCAUUUGAGCUCACAAGUAGGGUCCAAAUGUCUGUUUUCGCUCUGUCCCACCAUCAAGCCCUUAGGAACUAUAACUACAUUGCCUUAAUAAACAAGAGAGUUAACGCUG